GUCAUUCACUUCACCACUCAUCUAAUUAAUUAGUGUUUGAAUCGCUCCAGGAUAUUAGUUAAUGAGACAGCUGGCUAUGAGCAGUAUGAUUCAAACAUGUAUCUAAAGAGAAGUGAACACAGAGACGAACAGGAGAUUUUCUUUACUAGGAAUGUUGAUGGUGUGUGGGUUUAUCGAAUAGAAGUUUUACUUUUAUUGAUCUUCAAUCAAUAUGAAAUCUAAAGUAUAGCACAACGUAGCAGCCAGUGGAGUGGGGAGAUGUCUGUGCUCAGGCCUGUACUCUAGCACAGGGCCGGUAUGGACACUACAUAUGUUCUGCUCAAGAACAUUGUAAUCACACUGCUUUCAGUCAGAUGUGCACCGAGCAAGGUUAGACUGGGGACGUGCUGGACAAUGUACACAGUGAGCAGCAUUGGUAAAAACCUUCCCCAUCAGAAAAUAGUUCAACGCAAAAGUAUUUCAGGUAUUUGUACCCUGGGGGUGACUAUUUUGGCGAAAGGUAAUUAAGGAUAUUUUUUAUAUAUAUUUAAAGGACGAGAAAUACGAACGAAAUCGGAUGUUCAAUAAUCAUUAAUGAAUUGCACUCAGUUUUGCCGCAUAGCUUCUGAUGAGCCAGCGGAUGGCGCAAUUUGAGCGAACAGGCGUGGUGUUGCCCUCAAUAACACAAGUCCACUACUGUUUUUGAAUGCUGUUGAAGUAGCAGUAACGCUGCCUGAUCUCGCCGCUGUGAAUAUGGUUUCCUAAUCAUAGCAUCUACAUAGCCUACACUUUUGCCAUCAAUAGGCCUACACGAGAUAGCACUCUUCAGUACAAUAGUUUUCAAAUAUAACUUUACAAUCGUGUUUGUCCUUGGAAUGGUGAUUAUAUUUAAAUUGUUUCCUGUAUGUAUAGACUAUCCUGCAUUCCUUGGUUAUGCGCAUAGAGCCAGACUGAAUAAAUCAACUACUUUAACUGCGGCGGGAGGAGGGAAAGAGGGACGAUUAUAUGGUGAUGUAUGAGUGAGUAAGGGGGGGGGAGAGAGAGAGAGAGAGAGAGAGACCUGUUACUGGAUAAUAAACUGGUGUUGCGCGGCGUCGGAAGCGCGCGCUCUUACACCUUAUCAGGAUUAAAUGUACUCUUCCAUUGACUUUGUCUGUUGUCUGAGUCUGUUUAAAACACUUAUUCUUCUUAGACGUUUUUUUUUUUGAAGGCAGUUUGUUAUGUUUAUUUUUUAUUAUUAUUAUGCUCAUAAGUCUCCGGUGAAACUACCAAAAACAUCUCUUCAACGUUUUGGUGACCAUUCUUGACUGUCAAGAAACUGAAAAGCGCUAUGUGGACUUUACCUAAACCGCGAUAUGCGAACUGCAAAACGUCUGAAGCGAGCGAGGACACGGAAAUUGCCGUCAACAUCGGCGGUGUAAGGGUGGUGUUAUGUGGGGAAAUGUUAAAUCGUUAUCCGGAGAGUCGGUUGGCGGAGUUGGUGAACCUCUCGACUCAAAGUUUUGAUGUGAUUUCGGGCCUUUGCGAUGACUACGACCCCAGUAAAAAGGAAUUCUACUUUGACAGAGACCCUGAUUCUUUCAAAUGUAUAAUCGAGGUCUACUAUUUUGACGAGAUCCACAUGAAAAGAGGCAUUUGUCCCAUCUGUUUUAUAAAGGAGAUGGAGUUUUGGAAAAUUGACUUGAAUUACUUGGAUGAAUGCUGCAAGUACAGUUUAAGCGAGAAAGAGGAAGAGUUAGCUGAAAUCGCCGACAAAGUUAAACUUAUCCUGGAUGAUCUUGAGGGGGACCCAGCACUGAGCCGUUCUCAGCGUUACCAAAAGUUCCUGUGGAAACUGAUGGAAAAGCCCGAGUCCUCAUAUCCCGCUCGCGUAAUCGCCAUUGUAUCUUUUUUAUUUAUUCUUGUAUCCUCUGUGGUAAUGUGUUUAGGGACUAUUCCAGACCUUCAAGUGGAGGACGUCGAGGGAAAUCUCAUUGAACAUCCGACUGUGGAUGCCAUUGAGACGGUCUGCAUUGGCUGGUUCACGGUGGAGUAUGUGCUUCGCUUCAUUUCAUCGCCAAAUAAAGUGCGCUUUGCGCUCGCCUUUAUGAAUGUAGUUGACUUUUUAGCCAUAAUGCCCUUCUAUGUAGUGUUGAUCCUGACAUACCUGGGCACUGCAAUGAUGGAGCUGGCCAACGUGCAACAGGCAGUCCAGGCACUGCGCAUAAUGCGCAUUGCGCGAAUCUUCAAGCUUGCGCGCCAUUCUUCAGGGCUGCAAACUCUCACCUAUGCGCUGAAAAGAAGCUUCAAAGAAUUGGGUCUGUUGCUCAUGUACAUGGGGGUAGGAAUCUUUGUGUUUUCCGCUCUGGCAUACACCAUGGAACAGAGUCACCCAGAAACCCUGUUCAAGAGCAUUCCCCAGUCUUUCUGGUGGGCUAUCAUCACCAUGACGACCGUUGGAUAUGGAGACAUCUAUCCGAAAACUACAUUGGGCAGGUGUAACGCUGCCAUCAGCUUCCUGUGCGGGGUAAUCGCUAUUGCGUUGCCAAUUCACCCCAUCAUCAACAACUUCGUCAUCUACUACAAUAAGCAGAAGGUGCUAGAGACCGCUGCCAAACAUGAACUUGAGCUCAUGGAGCUUCAGUCUCUUGAGGUUGAAGUGCGUAAAUCACCGACGUCGGAUGCUGCUGCAGAGGAAUGGGGAAGCAGGGGAAGCAGCAUACGCGCAUCACGCAGUGAUACCCACAUUCCAUUGCUGACAGGGACAAACAGGACUCAGAAAGAACCUGUGAAGGAACAUUGUGCAACAUACUGACCGUCUCACACUUGAAUAAUUCUGUUAACUCCUGGAAGACAUGCGUAUUUGCUGCGCUUAUUUAUGUGGCUUUUGUCCCAAAGAAACAAAUGGAACAUUAUAACUGUAUAUUUUGGUGGAUGUCUGUUAAUAAGUGCGACAUGCUUACUGUAGUUCAUUCAUGCAUGAUAAAUAAACUGCAUGCCAA